AUGAAUACAUCAACAGUGACUGAAUUUAUCCUGCUGGGAAUUCCCUUUCUUCCUGAUCUACAUAGACUUUUCUUUGUUGUGGGACUAUUCAUGUACAUCGUAACCAUCACAGGUAAUGGAGUCAUCCCCAUUGUUGUAGCCAGUGAUCGAAGGCUCCAGACUCCAAUGUACAUCUUCCUGAGCAACCUUGCUUGUCUGGAGAUCUUCUACACCACAACGGUUGUUCCUAAGAUGCUGCAGACGCUUUUAGAAACACGAACCUCUAUUUGUUUCCAUUGCUGCAUGGCUCAGAGUUACUUCCACUUUGUGUUUGGUGCCACGGAGCUUUUCAUCCUCACAGCAAUGUCCUUUGACCGCUAUUUGGCCAUAUGCAAGCCAUUAUGGUACCCCAUGAUUAUGACCAAUCAGGUAUGUGUUCAGAUGUCCAUGGCCACCUGGUACGGAGGAUUCAUCACUAUGUUUUUUCUGUUUGCUCCUUUUUGGAGUUUGCCCUUCUGUAACUCUAACAUCAUUGAUCAUUUCUACUGUGAUAUGGGUCCCAUCUUAAGCUUAGCGUGUGCCGAUACCAGUCUCAACCAGUUGCUGCUGCUGGUUGUCUGUAUCCUCUUUGUUCUCAUGACCUUGAUCUUAAACAUAGUGUCCUACAUCUUUAUCAUCUCCACCAUACUACGCAUUCCUUCAGCUGUGGGGCGCAAAAAGGCAUUCUCCACCUGCACCUCUCACUUGACUGUGAUCUCCAUAUUGUAUGGAGCCCUCCUCUUCAUGUAUCUGAGGUCAAACGUAGUUUCUUCCCCUCGCAUAACCAGAGUAAUAGCGAUUUUGAACACCACCCUCACCCCCAUGCUAAAUCCAUUCAUAUAUAUGAUAAGGAAUGCAGAGGUGAAAGCAGUGAUCAGACAUGUAAUUGAUAAGAAGAGGGGUUUGGUGUGA